UUAAUUACACUUUGUGAGAUUUGAUUUUAAUUAGAGUUCGAAUUAAUGUUGCAGCUAGCAGCGGUGGCACUGGCAAACCAUGCUGCUCAACCAGCACCUCCACUUUACUGGAAUUCCAUCCUGCCAAACACACAAAUGCCAAGAGCUAUCAGUGAACUUCUGCAUCCUGAUUUGUACUCCACAAACGAAGAAAAGAGCACAAAUGUCAUGAAUGCUGUUGGGAAUGGAAAGCCAAUUGACCACAAGGGCAAACCUGAAAAUACUGUACUACCACAGCUUGCACGACGCCCAUUUUCUUACAAGAGUGAUGAUCGUCCCACUGACAAUCAACUCCAUUAUAAAAACGUAGCUAUUUUCUUCUUGGAGAAGGACAUGCGCCCUGGCACAACAAUGAGCUUCCAAUUCCCUAGAAAUUCAAACACGGCUACUUUCCUGCCACGAGAAAGAGCUCAAUCGAUCCCCUUCUCCUCUAACAAACUACCAGAAAUUUUCAACCAUUUUUCAGUGAAGCCAACAUCUGUGGAAGCCAAAACAAUUAAGCAAACAAUCGAAGAGUGUGAGGCUCCAGGCAUUAAGGGAGAGGAAAUAUAUUGCGCCACAUCUUUAGAAUCAAUGGUUGAUUUUAGCACUUCGAAGCUUCGAACAAGAAACGUUCAAGCAAUCUCGACGGAGGUAUUGGAAAAAGGUGCCACCAUGUCCAUGCACAAGCACACAACAAUGCCGGGACUGAAGAAGUUGGCAGGUGUCAAAGUCGUUUUGUGUCAUAAGCAGAACUAUCCCUAUGCUGUGUUUUACUGCCAUGUAAUAAAACCAACAGCAGCUUAUGUUCUCUCCCUGAAAGGCGAUGAUGGGGUGAAAGUUAAAGCAGUAGCCAUCUGCCAUCUAGACACAUCAGAAUGGAACCCAAAGCAUUUGGCCUUCCAAAUCCUCAAAGUUAAGCCCGGAACAAUUCCCAUCUGCCAUUUCCUUCCCACUGAUCAUAUUGUCUGGGUUCCGAACCACAAAUCUGCAUGAUCAUCACUUAGCACUGUACGUAUAAUAACCUUUACCCCUGUAUAAUUAUCUCCCUACUC